GUUCUCAUUUUUUUCACUCUUUUUUAGGCAGCGUGAGACAGACGUAGUUUUAAGUAGUUUCUUUUUAGAAACAUAUAUAGACAUAGAUACUUUUUGGAAAGAAGAAAAGUUAAUCUUGAUUUUUGAAAUACUUUUAUGUAUGGUUACUAAACUUUAUUAUGGAAUAUUUUGCUCCUGAAUAUUAGGUUGAUGCAUUUUCUAUGCACAUACCAAAUUUCAGCAAAAAAUAAUUAUAAGCAAUUAGUCUAAUUAGUGUUAUACCAAGUAUACCACUUUUUUUAGGUAGCCCUAGGCAAACGAUUUUUUGAGGUGGUUUUUUUUAGAAACAUAUAUAAACCUUGACGACUUUUGAAAGAAGAAAGAUUAGGCUUGAUUUUUAUAAACUAUUGUGUAUCGCUAACAUACCUUUUUAUGUAGUAUUUUGCUGAGAAUUUUGCAUGGAAAUUUGGCUAUGUUGUAACAUGAAUUUGUAGUCGAAGAAAUAUAGAGUCUGCUUUUUUUAUUAUUAAAAUAGUUUUCUUCAUGCAUUUUCUAUGAACAUGCCAAAUUUCAACGAAAAAUAAUUAUAAGCAAUUAGUCUAAUUAGUGUUGGACUUUAGGUACCUAAUUUCGGUUUUUCUGUUGUUGUUUGUUUUGGUAAGCAAAAUCCGGUAGGCGCCGAAAUCCGGAUAAGGAGGUGUUUCAACUAAUAAUCUUAUUUUGAAUUAUUGUGAUAUAUAUUAUUAUAUUUAAAAAAAUAUGGCAAAUUAUAGCAAAAAUGUGUUAGAUGUCCUAACAGAAAAUCCUGCCCGGCUUUUUAAUGAUUUUUUGAGAUUUCUCGAAUCUACACAGCCCAUCACUGUUCCUUCUACAUCUGCUAUAAGAGUUACAUCUUCAGCACCUACUAUAACUAUUCCAUGUGUUCAACCUUCUGCUGUUGAAUCUACACAGCCUAUCACAGCUACAUUUACGUGUUCAACGAAUGUUCCUUCUACAUCUGCUAUUUGUGUUACAUCUUCUGCGCCUUCUAUGACUCUUCCAGGUGUUCAACCUUCUGCUGAGCUAACCUAUCAAUACUACCUAUUAUAUAGGUCCCAGCAUCCUGGACCCACCAGCAAUAGUAAAUUUAAGCGAUGGGUCCGGUUAGGAGAAAGGGACAAUAAUUCUUUUAAAUGGCCCUAUCAUCCUCCUAACAAGGGUGCUGGGAGCCGCAGCAGAAGGGGAGGUGGUCGACGUCGUGGAAGUGGAGGAAGCAGAGGGAGAAGAAGGAAUGGUGGCAGCCUAGUGGCUCAUGGAGAUUAUUACAUUUAUUAGGCACCACCAUUCCUUUUUUUAUUUAAUAUAUAUUUAAUUUCUGCAAGUUUAUUUUCCGUUUUUUCCCAAUUUAUACAAUUAUCAACAUUUGCUUUAUAUUUUUUCAAAUUUUUACCCAAAAAAAUUUAAAAGCAAAACAUUGUAAUAGUCCCAAUGAAAUACUUUUUACACUUUUAAAAGUUGUAUUUUUAUAAA